AUGGCCGAGUCGCAGCUGAGCUGCCUAGACGAGGCGCACGUGAACGAGAAGGUGACCGAGGCGCAGGCCGCCUUCUACUACUGCGAGCGGCGGCGGGCCGCGCUGGAGGCGCUGCUGGGCGGCGGCGAGCAGGCCUACCGUGAGCGGGUCGACAAGGAGCGGCUGCGCGACUUCCUCUCCAGCCAGGAGCGCCAGGCUCUCCGCGCCGCCUGGAGCCCCUUCGAGGACGCCGCCGCAGCCGCCGCCGCCCGGGGCAAGAGCAAGGCCAAGGCCAAGGCGCCGGCGCAGGCCCCGGCCGAGCCCGACGGGUCCCUGGCCUACUGGCCCGACCGCUCCGACACCGAGGUGCCCCCGCUGGACUUGGGCUGGACAGACACUGGCUUCUACCGCGGUGUGAGCCGCGUCACCCUCUUCACCCACCCCCCCAAAGAGGAGAAGGCACCACACCUCAAGCAGGUGGUCAGGCAGAUGAUCCAACAGGCUCAGAAGGUCAUUGCUGUGGUCAUGGACCUUUUCACUGAUGGUGAUAUCUUUCAAGACAUUGUAGAUGCUGCCUCUAGGCGCCGAGUCCCAGUGUAUAUCAUCCUGGAUGAGGCAGGAGUGAAGUAUUUCCUGGAAAUGUGUCAGGGCCUGGAACUCACUGACUUCCGUAUUCGGAACAUUCGUGUUCGUUCUGUGACAGGCGUUGGCUUCUACAUGCCCAUGGGGAAGAUCAAGGGAACCCUGUCAUCAAGGUUCCUGAUGGUGGAUGGUGACAAAGUGGCCACUGGAUCGUACAGGUUCACUUGGAGUUCCUCCUACUUGGACAGGAACCACCUCCUCCUGCUGACAGGGCAGAACGUGGAGCCCUUCGAUGUAGAGUUCCGAGAGCUGUAUGCCAUCUCCGAGGAGGUGGACUUGUACCGGCAGCUGGGCCUGGCAGGAGGUGCAGGCAGGCACCUCAACUACUCCUCCACCGUGGCUCGUAAGCUUAUCAACCCCAAGUAUGCCUUGGUGUCAGGCAGCCGCCACCCGCCAGGGGAGAUGAUGCGCUGGGCUGCCCGGCAGCAGCGGGAGGCCAGAGGCAAUGCAGAGGGGCAGGAGGAGGGCAGCGGAGGUGGCGAGUCGGCCCGGCGCUUGGAGAGCUUCCUGAAUGACCUGGUUACGGUGGAGCAGGUGCUGCCCCCCAUAGAGCCCAUUCCCUCGGGAGAGCUGAGCCGGAAGGAUGGCAGGAUGGUUUCUCACGUGCACAUAGACCUGAAGCCCAAAUCCCGGGAGGCACUUACCCGAAAUGGCAAGGGAGAAGCUGCCAAUGGGGAGGCCACUCCAGCCAAGGAGGGCAAGCGCUUUAGCAGCAGGUUCCUGAGUCGACGGGCCAAGAGGCCCGCAGCGCCCAAUGGCACAACCAGCCCCCUCUCCACCAAGACCUUUGCCGAAGCAGAGAUUCUGCUGGGGAAGAGGGCCAAUGAGGGUUCCAGUGCUGACAUCUCAGGUAAAACAAGUCCCAGUCCUGCCAAGCCCAGCAAUUGUGUGAUUUCCUGA